UUCAGAUUAGUGCGAGACUUUACAACUCCCAUCCAUGGACAACAUUCAUUUACGUAUGAAUAUGGCCGAGAUGGCUUUCCAGCAUGAUGAGAUCGUCGACGAAAUGGAGUUUGCUAUCAGAAGAUUCUCAGAAUGCUGCGAACAGUUGGUUCCUCAUGUGAUUUUCCUGAUGAACUCUCCCAUAGAGUCGAUCCGUAAUUCAGCUUUCGGGUUUGCCGUUGAAAUUAUCAGUCAGAAACCUCAGACUCGCACACAGCUUAAAGAGGCAUACAUAAACAAGAUUCGAAGUACUGAUUUGGAUGUCGCUCGACAAGCAAUCACUUUCCUACCCGAUUUUGUCAAGAACUGUGUCGCCAAUGGCGAUGAGCUCAUCGAGGCGGCAUUGCAUGCGUGCAUGCGGCGGAGUGCUCUAAAUGAUGUCAACGAUUACGUUGUCGAGGCGAUGGGCAUCAUGGGACAGCGGACUGAAGAAGAUCAAAAUCCCGAAUUUCUUUUGUCAUGCACGAAUCUUGCCAGGAAGGAAUGGAUAACCGUCGAAAUGAAUUCGGCCUACGCACUAUUCUCUGGAAUAUGCAAUGGAUAG